GACUGACUACGCUUUCCGGUACCAUCUGAACACUUAGGUCGAUCAGGACUUAAUGUCUGUGGGGUCAUCCUUUAUUAGCAUCAAUGAUGACAUUCCGCUAGGCUAUUCAGUUCCGCCGUUUCCUUCGCUACACUGGCCUCUUGCUGGCGAAAAUGCCUAUUCCCAGGCGUUUCUCUUCUACAAGAAUGACAUUUGGCGGUUCACCCUCAUCUGGACCCUCAUCUUUUUUGGCGUGUUCUAUCUCUGCGCUGGGGUGGUUGCUGCCAUCGGCCACCGUCGCCUCAUUGGAUCACUCAGUAUUCUCGUGACGUAUAUUGUCCUUGGUGGUGUUCAAGCGGCCAUGUCUGGUACUGUGGCCGGUUUUGUCUUAGGGACAUCGUACGAAGCCGGUAGUUUCAAGAUGAGCACGUGGUUGCCGAUGGUCUGUGGUUUGGUACAGAUUGUUUACGUGAUUGUCACGAGUUAUUCUAUCACCAGUUUGCUUCUCUGA